CGUCCCUCGGGGGCGGCCCCGCGGAGCGCCGCUCCCUCCUCCUCCUCCCCCUUUAUUACCCUUUGUGUGCGUCUCCGCCUUCCUCCCUGCGCCCGGGGGCCCUGAGAUCCUUGCUGACGAUGGUGGUCGCUGGAGGCAGCACUGUUGAAGAUUAUAUCAUUUACAGACAAGAUCUCUGAAAUCUCUUUCCUUCAGACAGCAAAGGAAGAAGAGGCUUUAUUGCAACAAAACGGGCAAAAAAAAAAACCACAAAGACUUGAAGACACAGCACUUCUGUAAUUCUUCCCAAAAGUUCUGAGAAGCACCAAAUCCUAAAGGAUUCCACCAGUCUUCCUGAUUUCAGCUUGGAGUGAACAAGAUGAACAGACCCACCUUCAAUCUGAUGCUUAAAGAGGAAAAAGGCUGUUUGAUUGGAGCCAAGGAGUCAGCAAAGAAACUCAAGAAGACAACUUGGAUCAUGACCAGAAGAUAAAAAGAAAACAAAAAGAAUGUGGCAUAUAAAGGGUGUAAUACCUGGAGGUAUUGGAUCUGACUCAUAUUUAUAAAAAUGAGAGGAGCUUUCACAAAACACAAGUUAUCUUAAACAGUCAUCAAGCUUGGAGCCAUCAUGCUGUUGAACUAGAAAUUCUCCUUUUCCCCAUUCUCCUUUCUGACAGGUAACAAAGGAUUGGUGAAUUAUGAUUUUCCCAAGUUGGAAGCACUAAUUUUUAUCUAUAUAGUUCAUCCUUAUGAAUAUAUAAGGAGUUAAACAUUGCAUAUUUAAUGUGGAUUAUAAUGGGAAAGUGACUCAUUAACCAAAAUGGCCACUUUUGAGGACUUGGUUUCAAACUGAGCUGGAGCCUCCCGAUGCACUUUGUAGGAUUUGGGGAAAGCUGUGCUGCAGGGCCUGCUUUGGGAGGCCAGGAUGACAUGUAGUAAAAGGAUAUCACCUUACUGUUGAUAUCUUUGAAGACUCAUAACCAGAAACAGGAAAAUGAAUGGUGGGAAGGAGUGUGACGGAGGGGACACGGAUGGAGGGCCACCAGCAGUGCAAGUUCCCGUUGGUUGGCAGCGGAGGGUGGACCAAAGUGGAGUUCUCUACAUCAGUCCCAGUGGGUCUUUAUUAUCCUGUUUGGAGCAGGUGAAGACUUACUUGCUGACUGAUGGAACGUGCAAGUGUGGCCUAGAAUGUCCUCUUGUUCUUCCCAAGGUCUUUAAUUUUGAUCCUGGAGCUGCUGUGAAGCAGAGAACUGCUGAAGAUGUUAAAGCGGACGAAGAUGUCACCAAACUAUGCAUUCACAAAAGGAAAAUUAUUGCUGUGGCUACACUUCAUAAAAGCAUGGAAGCACCACAUCCUUCACUGGUUCUAACUAGUCCUGGUGGUGGAACAAGUGCAACGCCGGUAGUUCCCACUCGAGCAGCAACCCCAAGGUCGAUGAGGAAUAAAUCACAUGAAGGAAUUACAAAUUCUGUGAUGCCGGAAUGUAAGACUCCUUUCAAGUUGAUGAUGGGGGCAUCAAAUGCCAUGGGUAGGCUUUAUGUGCAAGAAAUGGCUGGAAGCCAGCAAGCAGAGCUCCAUCCUGCCUAUCCCAGGCAGAGAUUGGGGAGCAAUGAACUGGGGCAGAAGUCUCCGUACCGCGGCAGUCACGGGGGCAUGCCCAGCCCGGCGUCCUCGGGCUCGCAGAUCUACGGGGACGGCUCCAUCUCCCCCAGGACUGACCCUCUGGGGAGCCCCGACGUCUUCACGAGGAACAAUCCCGGUUUUCACGGGGCACCCAACUCCAGUCCUAUCCACAUGAGCAGGACGCCUCUGUCCCCGCCGUCAGUCAUGCUCCACGGCUCUCCCAUACAGUCAUCCUGUGCAAUGGCUGGAAGGACUAAUAUACCUCUCUCCCCCACCCUGACCACCAAGAGCCCAGUCAUGAAAAAACCCCUGUGUAACUUUUCAGCUGGUAUGGAAAUACCACGAGCAAUGUUCCACCAUAAACCCCCCCAGGGCCCACCCCCACCUCCUCCACCGCCUUCUUGCGCUCUUCAGAAAAAGCCAUUAACAUCCGAGAAGGAUCCACUUGGCAUACUGGACCCAAUUCCCAGCAAACCGGUGAACCAGAACCCCGUGAUCAUGAACCCCACCACUUUCCACUCCAGUGUCCACUCUCAGGUACCCGUGAUGAAUGUAAGCAUGCCCCCCGCCGUGGUGCCCCUGCCCAGCAACCUGCCCCUGCCCACCGUCAAACCUGCCCACAUGAACCAUGGCACUCACGUCCAAAGGGUUCAGCACUCGGCUUCGACGUCGCUGUCCCCGUCGCCGGUGACGUCCCCCGUUCACAUGAUGGCGUCCGGCAUCGCCAGGAUCGAGGCUUCUCCCCAAAGAUCGCGUUCUUCUUCCACCUCGUCCGAGCACGGCAACUUCCUGCUGCCUCCAGUCGGGCCACAGUCAUCCUGUAGUGGUAUCAAAGUCCCCCCCAGGUCCCCGAGGUCAACCAUAGGGUCACCGAGGCCAUCCAUGCCAUCCAGCCCUUCCACCAAGCACGAUGGACUCAAUCAGUACAAGGACAUCCCUAACCCGCUAAUUGCUGGAAUGAGUAAUGUAUUAAAUCCUCCCAACAAUGCCGUUUUUCCCGCUGCAUCGGCUGGAAGCGGCUCCUUGAAGAGUCAGCCUGGUUUGCUGGGAAUGCCUUUAAAUCAGAUCUUGAACCAGCACAAUGCUGCCUCUUUUCCAGCAAGCAGUUUACUCUCAGCAGCAGCCAAAGCACAGCUAGCAAAUCAAAAUAAACUUGCUGGUAACAACAAUAGCAGCAGUAGCAAUUCUGGACCUGUUGCCAGCGGCGGCAGCACCGAAGGACACAGCACUUUAAAUCCCAUGUUCCCUCCUGCUGCCAACGUGCUCCUCCCCACCACGGAGGGGCAGAGCGGCCGGGCAGCACUGAGAGAUAAAUUGAUGUCUCAGCAAAAGGAUCCUCUGAGGAAAAGGAAGCAGCCCACCACCACGGUGCUGAGCUUGCUGAGACAGUCUCAGUUGGACAGCUCUGGGCUUCCCAAAGCUGGGUCUGAUUUGCUAAGAAAGCCAAGUCAAAGCUCCUUCCCCAUCAGCUCCAUGUCGCAGCUCCUGCAGUCCAUGAGUUGUCAGAGCUCCCACGGGAGCAGCAAUAGUUCCUCGGGCUGCGGGAGCUCCAGCAGCGCCCUGCCCUGCCCUGGCACCCAGCUGCACCUGGCAGAGCCCACGCUGGGCCCUGCCGGCGUGGUGGCCCCGCUGGCCCCGGGGCUGCCCCUGCGUGGGGAGGGGCUGCCCUGCCCCAACCCCAACCCCAGCUUCGGCCCCGGCGCCGGCCCGGCCCCCUCCAACCACCUGGCCGGGCUCCUCAACCAGAUGCAGGCCAGUGGGGGCUGUGGGAUGCUCCCCCAGGCUGGAAUGGCCUUGGGGAACUCCUUACAUGCCAGCCCAGCUCAGGCCAGGCUCCAGGCACCCUCCACGCCAGGGAUCCCCAACAGCAUCGGCGGCAGCUGCAGCCAGAGCAGCCCUGAAGCAGGGGCUUUGGGCCCGUCGGCAUCGAUAGCCAUCGCUGGCACCAGCCAAGCUGCCAUCACCAAGACCACAUCUGUGCUCCAGGAUGGUGUCAUUGUCACCACUGCAGCUGGGACCCCUCUGCAGCAGGGCCAGCUGCCCAUGGGGGGUGAGUUCCCCUUCUCUGGCCACGAACACUCGCUCCACUUCCCGCAGAACAGCUCCUCAAACAACAAUCUGCCACAUCCUCUGAACCAGAACCUCCUCAAUUCCCUGCCCCUCUCUCUGCCGGUGAAUCAGCAACAUCUCCUCAACCAGAAUCUCUUAAACAUCCUCCAGCCUUCAGCAGGAGAAGGCAAGUCUGAGGUCAACCUCAACCCUCUGGGUUUUCUGAACCCAAAUGUCAAUGCUGCUCUGGCGUUCCUCUCCGGCGACGUGGACGGGCAGGUUCUGCAGCCCGUGCACUUCCAGCUGCUGGCAGCCCUGCUCCAGAACCAGGCCCAGGCAGCUGCCAUGCUCCCCGUGCCAUCCUUCAACGUCACCAUCUCGGACCUGCUGCAGCAGCAGAGCGCCCCAGCACCUCCUGAGCCCCUGCCUGACAGCAGCAGGGUGGAGAACCUGCUGCCCAACGCCAUCCCCAGCUUCGCGGGCGCCGACCCCUCCGCCAACCCCCUGCUCCUGCCCGCCGCCUCCGGCGCCUCGGCGCUCAUGGCCCUGAACCCGCAGCUGGUGGGGGGUGUGCUGAGCUCGGGCAGCCACCCUGAGGUGGCCAUUGCCACCUCCUCCCAGGCCACCACCACCACCACCACCACGUCGUCGGCGGUGGCCGCGCUCUCGGUGUCAGUGUCCAUGGCAGAAACGCUGCUGAACAUCUCCAGCGCCGCCGCCAGCGCGCCGGGGCCGCCCAAGCUCAGCAACAACGCCGUGGUGCCGCAGCUGCUGAACCCUCUCCUGGGCUCAGGCCUGCUUGGGGAAAUGUCAUCUCUGAACACUACUCUGAACAACCAUCAGCUCAGCCAUCUGCAGUCACUCCUCAACAACAAUCAGAUGUUUCCUUCAAAUCAGCAGCAGCAGCAACAACAGCAACAGCAGCAGCAACAGCAGCAGCAGCAGCAGCAGCACCUUCUCCAGGGCUACCAGAACGUGCAGGGCUUUCAAGGCCAGCCCCAAAUUCCUGGCCCAGCCAACAACCCAAACCCCAUGGCGUGUCUGUUCCAGAAUUUCCAGGUGCGGAUGCAGGAAGACGCCGCCGUCCUCAACAAAAGAAUGAUCACCCAGAUGGGAAUGGCGUCGGUUCCCGAGAGCUCCAACACUCUCCUUCCUCCCUUCCAGGAGCCCCCCUGUGACCUGCAGCAGAGACCUGACCCAUCCCUGGGCCAGCAGGCCAAGGACAACCCCAACGCCGCCGCGGGCGACGCCUCGGUGGACGCCAUCUACAAGGCGGUGGUGGACGCCGCCAGCAAGGGGGUGCCGGUGGUGAUCACCACGGCCGGCUCCAGCUCCACGCAGCCGAGCC